AUGCCAAGCGGACCCAAGUCAAACAAAUUUACUAAUCGCCACGCAGCGGAAGCCCGUGAACGGCAGCAAGAACGCGAAGCGCAAGCAAAAGCGGAACGGGAAAAAGCUAAAGAAGAUGCAAUGUGGGCUAACUGCGAUGACGACCCGCGAGUGCAGCGGCGACAGGCACGACAGCGGGAGGCCGAGGCGAAGGCGCAACAACAAGCAGAGUUAAGAGCAGAGCGGAAAGAGCAACUCUUGCAGGAGGAGCGCGAACUAAGCCAGAAGGCACCGCAGAAAGUUACACGACGACAAAUUCAGAAGGACUUGUCAAAGAUGCUUAGCGAUUAUGAUAAAGUGAAGAAACAAGAGGAACAGCAGAAACAUGGGGCAGUCGUGAAUAGUGAGACUACGGCAUUGCCAGUGGGAGGGAAUCCUAAUAGGGCAGGGAACACAAAUACCAAUGCUGGAUUCAAUGAAAAGAACGGAAAUGAAAUUAAGGCCAGCGGUAGUGUUGGCGAAGUUUUGUCAGCGGUUCAAUCGGGUAUGACAGGUGGUCCUUCUGUGCCGGAUAAUCGUCAUAUCGGCAAACGUGCACGUGUUCUUUACCGACACUUCUGUGAAGAAAAUCUUCCUACAUUGCGUGAAGAGAAACCCGGUUUACGUCGUACACAAUAUAAUGACUUGCUGUGGGAAAUGUGGCAGAAAAGCCCGACAAACCCGUUUGUGCAGCGAAGUGAAUUGCGUUCAAAGGAGCGUCUUGAAGAGGAACGUCGAUGGAUGGAGCAAGGUGAUGAUGACGAUAGUGAGGGUGGGGAAGAGAAUAAUGACGAAGAUGGUGAGGGAAAGAAGUAG